UACUACUACUACUACUACUACUAUUUGGUGUAAAUAGUCCAAUUCUAGAUUCAGGGGAGAGAUUACGACCGCUUCCUGUUGUAACUACUUGCUUACAAUAUUUUUAAAAAAACAAAACAAAACACAGCAAAGCAUUUUCGUGAUGUCUGUUUAUAAUUAUACAUUUACAUCAACAAUACUCUAUCAAUCUCUGGUGGUUUUGUACGAAAUAAUAUCAAAGGAUGUGUGUGUGUGUGUGUGUGAUGUGUACAUCAAUAUAGAUAUAGAUAUAUAUACAUUUACAGACACAAAAACACAUUUAAUACAUAUCGCCAUCGUCGUCAUCACCAGCAUUGUUAAGAUUUGUAUUUCUACCGCUGCUACUACUACUCUGUUGAUUCUUUAUUUGUUCUUGACUUUGAUACAACUCAUAAACCUGGAAUUUUUGUCGCGUUUUUUUUUAAAUGAAUAAAAAUUUUUAGAAAAUGUGUGAUUAGAAUAUGUGAAUGAAAUGCAUAUUACACUGAUAUUUUUUUUGUCUUUUAAAAAGAAG